AGGGUUAAAGUAGCGGCAUUUUUUCUCAAACGAUAAAGCGAUUUUAUUUCUUGUAAGUUUUGUAAAUUGUGGAAUAAAACAGGAGGGAAAUGUGUUUUUAAUCAUUGUAUCCCUAUCGAAAGGAAAAAAUAAAAGUUGAAAUCUAAACGUAUUUAUAUUUGUAAAAAUGGAAAUGAACAAACCAACAGCACCAAUCAUCACAGUGAUCCAUACUGGCAACUCAAAUUUAAAUAGAAAUGAUACGGGUGAGAUGGAAGUCAUCGAAGGAAAUGACCGGCAACAAAAGUCAAUGGAAUGCAUAGACGAAACUACUGAAGAAUCAAAUAAAGAAAAACAGAAGGAUGACGAUCAGGAAUCGGUCAUAAUUGAAGAGAUGGAAAAUAAUACAAUUGAAGUUGAAGAAGAUUCUGGUGAAGAAGAAGAUGGAGAAAGGGUUGAAUUAAAUAAUACUGCCAACGAGUCUUUUACCAAAGCAACAGAGUUUGUAAUUGUAAACGCAGCAAAAGUGUUGGCGGCUGAGGUCGCAGAUGAAGCCGAAUCAACAAAUAAAUAUCCGAUAGAAGAUGUUCAUAUUAAAGAUGAAUUGGCUGAAGCGAUUACGGCUGAUUUAAAUACCAAUGAUGUGUUAGAAAAUGAUCCUAUGGAUUUAUUGGAAAUAAAUACACGCAGUGAAUGUACGAGUAGUAUCAGAUCACAAGAUGACACAGAGGAUUAUGGUGAUGAUGUAAGUUCAGCGGGAUCAUCGUCGGCUCAGACUGCAUCGAGUUCGUUGAGUGUACUUGAUUGGGUUAGAGAUUAUCCCUGGUUGCUGUACGAGGAAGGAUGUGAACAGUUUGGUCACUGCUUAUAUUGCGAUACUAAAAUUAACAUUAAAUCUCAGAGAUCCGUCAAACAGCAUGGUUUGUCUCUGUAUCAUAAAGAACGUUGUGAGAAUUAUUUAGCCUUUCAGGAUGAGGAAGAGAAAAAUGGUCUAAGCAUGCAAUUAGUUGAAAUUAAGGAAGAAUUUGGCACUGAUAGUCGCGUUGAAGCACUAAAACUGAAACGCAAAUCGCAAAGUGCAGCACUCAAUAAUUUUAACUGGCGUCGAUGGUUAAUGGAUUAUCCUUGGUUGGAACGAGACUCAGCUGAGGGUACCGUUGGCUAUUGCAGAUACUGUCUUAUACAUGUUAAUGUUGAGUUUUCAUAUUUGAGAGACCGUCAUCAAGAAGGUUCUAAACAUAAGGAGGCUGAAAAGCAAUACGAAGAAUCCAACAAAUCUAAUGAGUACAAUCAACAAGAUGAUGUCUCCAAUGUUAUUGAAGAAACCCCAAAAGAAUCUACGGCUGAUGUUCAACAAAAAAGUCACAAAUGGCUAGAGCACGUAAAAAAUGAGCCCACAAUGGUACGUUGCAAACUGUGUAGUAACAAAAUGGUGAAAAAUAAUUUUUUAAGACAUUUACGUACCAAUCUUCACGAAAACAAUGAAAAGCUCUAUCUAGAAAGUCAGAAGACUGCAAAAUCAAAAGAAUUAGAUCAGAGGACUGGUAAAUAUCAACCGGAUUGGAAAUUAUAUGCAAAAAAUCAUCCAUGGUUAGUGCCAGACCCUACAGAUCCAUCGUUUGCAUAUUGUAAAUAUUGUGAUAAGCGAAUUAUCUAUGGUUCCUCUGCGGCCAAAAGAGCAGUGCAUGAGAACAGCUCACAACAUAAACUCCACGAAAGUGAAUUUAAGAAGCCACCACGUAGGGAUCACGGUGAGAACCAAAAUGACAAGGAAUCUGAGCGGAAAGGUGAUGAGGAUCAAUCUGAAAGAAACGGAGAAGAAGAAGACGAGGAGGAGGAAGAAGAACAAGAUCAGAAUGAGGAUAACGACGAGGAAGAUAAUGAAGAGGAAGUAGAAGAGGAAACCAAUGAUGACGAAGGUGAAGAGGAGGAGGAAGAGGAAGCUGACGAAGAAGAUGAAAGUCAACAAGCUAAAGAAAGUACAGAUGAGAACGACUCUAAAAAACGUAUCUACAGAUUAACAGAGGAAUGGAUAAAUCAGUAUUCAUGGUGUAAAAGAUACAAUAAAGAUCCGACAAAUUAUUUCUUCUGCAUUUAUUGCAGGAUACCUUUACGUGCUAAAUCUUCACGAUCGAAACAUCAAACAACAUCCAUUCACAUAUCAGCAGAAAAAGAAUAUUUAAGUCGGCAAGUUAAAAGGCAAAAAUUUCAAGAAAAGAAGCAAGGCAGUGAAAAUCCAACUUUCUAUGAAUGGGCCAUUCCAUUAAGAAAUAAUCCGAAUAACUACUCUUGUCGUUAUUGCCGAGUGCGUAUAUCGAAGAAUUAUAGUAAAAAACAACAUGCAUCCAGUAAAAUUCAUCAGAUUAAUGAAAGCAUUUACAAGAAUAAUAGGAGGAAAUCUUUGAGGAGAGACGAAAAUAGCAAUAGCUCUCAACAGACCAAGGUUGUAACAAAACUGACAAAUGUUGCAGCAACAAAAAAAGGACAAACAUUUGCCAAGGUUGUAAUAAAAGCUCCUUCAACUGUUACACUUAUUAAACAAUGGCAAAAGAAAUUUCCCUGGUUGACUUAUAAACGAAGCGAAUUGCGAUCUAAUUACGGUCAUUGCAAAAUGUGCGAAAGUUCGCUGUUUAUACGAUCCCUGAAACAUGUCUUACGACAUGUACGUUCGCCGAAACACGUAAAUAUGACAAAGGCAAAGAAGAAGGAAAAGCUUGAAAAAGAACAAGAAGAGACUCGCGACAACGACACAUCUGCCAAAAUAGAUAAAAAGGGACCAAAAGAAGAAUUACAGUCAUCUCCGCCUCCAAAUGAAAUUUCAUCACAAAAUCAAACAGCACAGUCGACAUCGGCAAUAACCGAAUCUCCAAAAGCCUUCAACUACAAAUCGACCAUUGCAGAGUUGAAGAAACGAUUUUCAUGGAUAGAAAAGUCAGAAAGUCCAAAUUAUGCUUAUUGUCGCUUCUGCAAUACCAACAUUCCUAUAAAGAUUUUAUUCCUCCGAAAUCACAGCAACUCCCUUAAACACCGUCAUAGUGUUGUCAAUUACAAUACCAUUGGCGGGAAAAAAGCCAACAGGGAAACUCAGGGACAAAGUAAUGCAGAAUCAGAUAACGAGAAUGAUAAAGGCGACAAUGCCAAUGAUAUGGAUGACGAUGUCAUGAUAGUUGAGGAGAAUAAUGAAGAAAUUCUUAUAUCAGAGCAAGAUGAAAAUUGGGCUGUUAAGUCGGAAACAAUGGACGAACAUGAAGAGUUGGACUAUCUUUUGCAACGGUCCUUUAACAACAGCCAAAAUAAAUCCAAUGCGCAGCGUAAUGUUCGCAAAAAUAUUGGUGCUGUUGAUGAAAAUCCACCAACCAAACGUAUUAAACGAUCACAAUCGUUUAGACGUUUUAAUGAUAGUAAUACUUCUCUGGUGGCAAGUCUUUUAACGACUCCUUUAACAUUGGCAUCAUGUUUGGGUCCCCUUAUUCAGCAGCAGAUUCAACAAGCUAAUAGUACGCAAACACCACUUUCAACGGCGGCUGCGCCAGAAAUACAAAAAGCAUCUUCCGUACCCCAGAAUGAAUCGGCAAACACAUUUGAUUUAUUUUUCAAAAGCAUUAGUGAAACUAUGAAAAAGUUGCCUAUCGACUUAGCGGCUGAAGGAAAAUUGCGUGUAAUGCAAAUAAUAUGCGAUUUAGAAUUACAAGCCCUUAAAAGACAACAAAGCAGCGUGCCAAAUGAAUCUUCGUCUAGUAAUACCAGUGGUGGUGCAAUAAGUCUUGCAACAUCUACAUCAACAAGCGUGCUACCUGCGCUUAACAGUAGUGCUAUUCAUGAUCCCACUACAGAGCAAAAUGGUAACAGCAAUGAAACUAUUAUAACACAGUUAAAUGCAGGCGCAGAUGUAUCACCAACUUCGGCUAUCAACCUUCUUCCUACGACAUCUAUAAAUCCACCCAUUGUGGAAAAACCCCUCGCAUCAACUGAUACUUCACCCAUUAUUGGUGUUAUGGAUAAGAAUGGGCUACAAACUAUACAAUUAAAGACAUCAGUGGCAAAACAAAUACCUAGGAGUUCAUCCACUACUACCGUAACUAGUGUUGCUAAUUCUGGCAUACGAUGUAUACCAUUCAAGAACCUCUCUCAAGCAACGACACCAGAUACAAACAAUACAAAAAUAACACGUAUUCAAGUUCCCUUAAAUGUGGCAGGUCAAGCUUCAAAUCCAAAUGCCAAUACGGUAAACAAUUCAAAAAAUUUACUAAAUUUCCGUAAUAUCCAAAUUACAAAGAGAAUUGCCACUCCGCCAGCCUCAGCCUCAGCACCAACAGCAACUAGUAUCAGUGGUCAACCACUUCAACAAACUGUCUCAAAACCAACUACAGUGGUUAAUAAAAGUCCUCAAAGGACUUAUAUAACAAAUAUACAACCUCAAAUGCAGCGUUGGAGUUGUUCGGUGAAUGGUGCCACAACAUCCCAUCACACACCUACAUCGUCUGCUGUCAACCACCUACAGCAAUUAUCAUCUCAACAAACAUCUACUCCAAUUUCCAAAAAGCAUUAAUUUUUUUACAAUUUUGAUAUCUACAAAAUGUUUUUUACAUCUUUGUUUAUGGAAACAGUGAGUGUCGAAAUAAAACCUACUAUAUGUCACUGUAUACAAGUUCAGAGCUGUGAAACAGUAAAAGUUCGCUAAACCGUUAUUUAUUUUUUGUGUGUUGUGAUGGUUUUACCCAAAACGAAUGUACUAGUAAUUAAAAAAUAUGCAAAUUU